AUGGAAGAAUAUAAUCUCACAAUAUUUAACACAACGUGGCUCCGAUUCCGAGAGACUGCACCAACAUCUACAUUUGCAGUAGUAGUCAACACAACUAUUAGCAGAGUGUCAAGCAAUGCUUACGAGUGGCGCUUCAUAUUGCCACCAUAUUUCCUGAUAUUCUUGCUAUCUAUAACUGGGAAUUGCAUGGUCAUAGCCACUCUAGCAAGCAACAGAAGAAUGAGAACCAUCACGAAUGUUUAUCUAUUAAAUCUGGCCAUCUCGGAUUUCCUGUUGGGGGUGUUCUGUCUGCCAUUCACAUUGGUUGGUCAGAUCUACAGGCGGUUUCUGUUUGGUGCGAUGCUUUGUAAAUUAAUACCAUUUCUUCAAGCUGUAUCUGUAUCAGUGGAUGUUUGGACCCUCGUGGCGAUAUCCUUGGAGCGAUACUUCGCGAUCUGCCGACCUCUGAAAUCCAGAAAGUGGCAGACGCAAUGCCACGCGUACAAAAUGAUCACCAUGGUGUGGAUGUUGUCCAUAGCACUCAACUCUCCUAUAUUGAUAGUGUCCACACUACAGCCGAUGAAAGCGAAUGGAAUGAAACAGCCAGUAACAGUUUCGCUCAGAAGUCAAGCAUAA